UUUUUUCUUUUCUAGAGUGACUGGUGGCUGUUUUUUUUCGUUUUUUCAAAGCGUACGGCCGGCGGUUAACUUCAAAUCAAACAUUUGAAAGAGAGUGUGAAAAGAGUAACAUCAACAGCACCCGUAUCGACGUGCCGCCGUGCGUUCUUACUUGGUGGCAAAAACAAGCUACAAUGCAGAACAAAAAGACCGUUCGAUUCCUGUUUCCACCACUCGUAUACUCAAGUGGAACGAUGAAGCGCAGAACAGCAAAGCCUGCGUGCCGGCCGCACUCACCGAAGUGCAAGUUCGAAUGCCCGACGUGCGACGCGGCUUUCACUCACUACAUCUUCCUAGCGAUUCAUACCUGGAGCCACGCUCCACAGGAUGUCAGAGUCCCACGUCCACGCGCGAAGCCUUGCAGCGUUUAUCAAAGCAGCGACAAAUUCCGCCUGCAGUGCUUCCUGUGCCCCCUGCAGUUCAACUGCGACACGUCGCUGCAGCACCACAUCGACGUCGGCCACCACGACGAAGAAUUCCUGCUGCGUUUCCGUUGCGCGUUCUGCACCAUGAGGUUCGCGUCCGCCGACAUGCUGAUUUCGCACAUUCAACAACACGACGUUUGGGAGGACGGCGAUUUCUACCCGCUGUUCGGAGGGACCGUGGGUAAGGCUUCGACAUCGGACGACGACGCAGUCGAGAAUCGUGCUCUCACGUUUGAUUUUGACCAGCUCAUCGAGGAACUGAAGAAGAUUGCUGGCGAAUCGGAUGCUCCGAAGCAGAAGUCCGCUCUGUCGAGAAAGUGCAAGUCAUCAUCUUCGUGUAACGUGCUUCGUUACGUGUGUGCUCUGUGCACCAUGAGGUUCCAACAUGGCUAUCAAGUGGAAGAACAUGUUAAGCUGAGGCACAAGGGGUUUUUAAAGCUUGUGAGAGCUCGACACGCGUGCGUCUAUUGUCACGCUAAAUUCUACAAGCUGUCGGUAUUAAGAGAUCAUCUAAGCAACCAUCACUCGAUCAGUGUCACGCCUAAGAAGUCCUCGCUGAGGGUGUGAAGAUGAUGACGAUGAUGAUGCAAAAUAUGUCGGUACUGUCAGAAACUACCAGUAGUGUAGCCUGUAGCAAUUGAUUAGUUAUGACGACUGACACCAAGAAAAUAUUUUUUUUUUUAUGUGGCUUUUCUAGUAGGCCAUAAUCGUGCAUCGUGUCAAAGGAACGAUGCAGUAUUGAUUUGAUGGCCAUCGUAGUAUUAUGUGAAAAACAUUAUGUGAAUUUUAACGCACGCAUAAUGCACGUUAAUUUAGCGCUUAAAAGUUAGACACCUUAGACAAUGUGUCUGCCUCUCGUGCUUGCUCGGGGGCAGAUGAUAACAUGUGCCAAGUUUGUGCUGCGUUGCACUUAAUCAUAGACGGGACCAGCUUUUAUUAGAUGCCAUAUAACGCUGACAUAUUCAUGAAAUAGUUAUAGAUUUAUCUCUUAUUUUUCGCAGUCAUCCUCCUAGUCACAAGAUCACAUUAUAAGGCACUCACGUGCUACUCAUUUCUAGCAUUUCUCAUAAUUUCUACGAUUCACGCUAUAUUUCACACAUUUGUGUAUGUUUACAGCAUACAUGUAGCAGACUUGCCCCAAAAUAGUAUAUCAAUCCUAGGUGAUAUGAAAUAAGUAAUAAGAAGCGUUACAAUAUAGAAGUAUUUGAAAUGUAAACUAUGUAUUGCCUGUCACAUAGAUUUUUCUUCACGUUAUUAAAGCCUUCAUUGAGCA